UAAAAUUCUUAUCGCACAUCCCUGGCGCUUUAUACUGGUUGCUUUUUUGUUGGUUGUUGUUGUUGUUGGUUGGAAAAUACAAUUAAAAAUUGAUUUCAAUAUUUAAAUAUUCAAAGUAUCAAGACAACAACAACGCGGCGGGUGGCGGCGUCAAAAAUACCGAGGAAGCACAAAAAGAAAAAUUUGCAAGGUGUUUGUGAGUGCGCGAGUGUGUGCGUAAGUGUGUGUUUGUGUGUAUGUGUGUGUGUGUGUGACAACGACGAGCAACGACUUUGCUGCUCUGCCGCUGCUUCUGGUGCGUGCGCGCUGUCGCAAGGGACCAACACACAUUCAAGUAAAUUGCCAUUGUAUUAGUGUAUCCUUUGGCAUUUCUGCGAGCUUGGUUGGAAGUGCGAGAGAAAAUUCACUUUUACCAAAUCAUAAACAAGUGCAGCUGAAAUCGUUUUAGAAAAAAAUCAAAAACCACACCAAAUAAAAUGGAGAAAAGAAUAGAAUUGGAGAGACGCGCACGCAAAGCGAAUCAGAUCUCAGAAUUGAAUCUGGAUAACUGCAGGAGUACACGCAUUGUUGGCCUUACAGAUGAAUAUACCGCCUUGGAAUCAUUAAGUUUGAUAAAUGUGGGUUUGACCACACUCAAAGAUUUCCCCAAGUUACCCAAUUUAAAGAAAUUGGAAUUAUCCGAUAAUCGAAUUUCAAGUGGCCUAAACUAUUUAACGACCAGCUCAAAAUUACAAUAUCUUAAUUUAUCUGGUAAUAAAAUCAAGGAUUUGGAAACGCUGAAGCCCUUAAAGGAAUUCAAAAACUUGAGUGUAUUGGAUCUAUUCAAUAAUGAUGCCACUCAAGUGGAAAAUUAUCGUGAGAAAAUCUUCAAGAUGUUGCCCUCGUUAAACUUUCUGGAUGGAUUUGAUUGUAAUGAUGAGGAGGUUCAAUCGGACGGCGAUGAUGAUGAGGAGGUCAACGGCAAUGACUCAGAGGACGAAGAUGAGCGCAGUGCCUUCUGUGUAAAUGGUUUAGAAAUCGAUUUAGAUGAGCUCGAUGCAUUGGAGCAGCGUAUUAAAGCCAAGAAACGUUUGCAGGAAACACAAGAGCAAAAGCCUCCUGAUGCUGAUAAUGAUGAAGUAGACGAAUUAGACGAAUAUUUAAAAGAAUUGCAAAUCAAAGAGAAAGCAAAGCUCGACAGCCAAUCUGUGAUAGAGCCUAACCAUCCAACAGUACAGCCGAGUAGCAACCAAUCAAGCACGAAUUUUGCAAUUUUAAUCUAUUGGUUUUUAGCAAUAUUAAAUCUGGCGAAUGCCGCCUAUUUUUCUGGUGAUGAUGACGACGAGGAGGGUGGCGACAGCGAUGAGAGUGAAGACGGCGAUGUAUCCCUGGCGGAGGUCUAUAAUGAUGAUCUAGAGGAAGACAAUUCCGAUUGGGAGGAAGGCGAGGGCGGCGGCGAGGAUGAUGAGGAUGAGGAUUCAGAUAUUGAUGAGGCCGAUGGUGAGGCAAAUGAAUCGGCUGCAUCGGCCAAUGCCAAUGAGAAGGCUGCCGAGAAGCCCGAUGAAUCGCAAGCUAGGGGCAAGAAGAGAAAGCAUGAUGGUUAAAAGCAACAUGAUCUACAAACUGUAUCGUCUUUGUACGUUAUAAAUUUAAAUAUAUACACCAAUACAAACAAACACAUUCACACUCACAUACUAAAUACAGCAAACACAAAAAGAAAUCACAUCAUAUUUUGAUAAAACAAAAAUGAAAAACAAUACAAAAAAGGAGAAAAUAAGAAAGGCUCCAUUAGAAAAAGGAAAUCAACAUUUGUUUCGUUACAUUUUAAGCUAAUUAUUCUAAAAAAAAAAAAAAAAGAAAAACAA